CAACACUACAAAUCUAUUACAUUUAUUGAGGAAUGUAAUGUCAAAACAAAGUUGAGCUCAGUUUUCAGUAAAAAAAUGUGAGAAUAAUCUUAAGUCAAUGGGUUGUGCAUCAUCAAAUACAUCCAAUGACAAAGAGGCGCUAAAGAAGUUAAAUGAUCUUGCUGAAAUCAACUCUGCUGAAACACAAUCAGGACAAAAUCCUCUCAUUCCACAAAAUUCAAUCACAUCAUCGUCAAAAAUUGGUGGUGUAAGUCAAUUGAGAGCAACAUUGAUGAUACAGAGAUGGUUCAGAAGGUGGAGAGCCGAACUAGAAGUCAGGAGGCGAUGCACCUGGACAAUAUUUCAAACCAUGGAAUAUGCUAGUGAGAACGAACAGCUCAAGUUGUAUAACUUCUUUAAUGAUAUUAUUUCUGGCCUUCCUGAUGCAUUCAAUGCCAUGCAAAACGAAAAGAACGACCAAGCAGAAACCUCGGAAUACUUCUCAAAAUUAUCCAACCCGGACUAUGUAACAAUUGAUCCGGAUUACAAGGGGCCUGAUCUGGUGUUUCCAAUAGAUGAGAAUCAAAUCAAGAUUUUUAUAGAGGCAUUUAAAGAAAGGCAGGUAUUGGACGCUAAACAUUUGUUGAUUUUGUUGGCUGAAGCCAGAAAGCAUUUCAUGAAAAUUGAGAACGUGCAAUAUACCGUGACAUCAAUCGCUGGCAAAGUUACUGUAGUAGGAGAUCUUCACGGUUCGCUUGACGACUUGUUAAUGAUCUUCUUUAAGAACGGACUGCCAAGUGCUGAUAAUCCCUACGUUAUAAACGGAGACUUUGUGGAUAGAGGCCCUGCUAGUGUGGAGGUGUCUAUUCUGUUGUUUAUUCUCUGUCUCCUCUACCCAAAUUCCUUCCUCCUCAACCGUGGCAAUCACGAGGAUGUUAUUAUGAACAAAAGAUACGGCUUUACUACAGAGCUGGUAAAGAAGUACGGUCUGCUCGCCAACAGGAUCUCAAAAGGAUUUGAAGGAGUGUUCAGAGUGCUACCUCUGGUAACUGUGGUAGAUAACAGUGUGCUGAUCUGUCACGGUGGUGUGUCAGAUAUUACUGACUUGAAUUAUAUCAACGAUAUACCUCGACAUAAGUAUGCCUCAAUUUUACGUCCUCCAACUAAAAUUAAUGAUGACGGUGAAGACGAGAUCGAUCUUAUUGAAUGGAGACAGAUGUUAGACCUGUUGUGGAGUGACCCUAAAGCUGCAGUUGGAUGUGAACCCAACACUUUUCGGGGAGGCGGCACAUACUUCGGACCGGACAUUUCAAAAGACAUUCUGGAUAAACACAACUUCAAACUGCUGAUUCGGUCACACGAGUGUAAGCCUGAUGGUUAUGACGUGACCCACGACGGUCUGGUAGUGACAAUAUUCAGUGCAAGUAAUUACUACGAAGCCGGGAGUAAUUUGGGAGCCUACAUAAAACUGGGACCAAGUCACAAGCCUCAGUUCAUCCAAUUUUCGGCUACUGAAAACACCAAACAGUUGCCACUAUAUUCAAGGGUAAGUAAGGUUGAGAGUUCUGCUUUGCGAGAUCUGAGAACUCAAAUAUUUUCGAAUAAAGGACGACUACUGGACGCGUUCGAAAGUCACGAUACGGAGAAAACAGGUCUCAUAACAAUGAUGGAGUGGACAGAGUCAAUGAGUAGUGUUCUAAACCUCGACCUACCGUGGAGGACUCUCCGGUCAAAACUUGUCGAAGUGGAUGAUGAAGGGAAGAUAAAAUACGAUAGCUGUUUCACGGACGGUACGAUUGAGGGGAGUAUCGCAAAUAAGCAAGUAACUGAGACGAUAUAUCGACAAAGAAACAUUCUGGAAACAAUAUUCAGGCUCCUUGAUACCGACAACUCAGGGCUGUUAUCACGUGAAGAGUUAAGAGCAGGGUGUGAACUCCUGGCCAAACAUAACGGCUCAAUCUCCCUCUCCCCUGAUGACCUGGACAACCUAGUGGACACCAUGGACAUCAACAAGGACGGGGAAAUUAACUUCAACGAGUUUUUGGAGAGUUUCAGAAUGGUCGACAACAAGUUUUCCAAUGGGAAUAUUUGACCAUGACACUAUCGAUUUAUUAAUGAUUAUGUAGAAUUGAAUGUUCGAUGUUCAUGCUGACAAAGUGAAAAGUCAAGUUUACCGAAUUAGAUAGACCAAGUAUGAAUGAAUAAUGAAUGCAGCUUGUUUGUUCAUGUUGCAUCUUAAUGUGCUUGAUCAUUAGGUGUAGAAAUAUUUACUAAAUUACGAUGCAUAGCAAGCGAUAACUAUUGUACAUUGUUUGAUUGUGCAGGAUUUGUUCUGAAUUAGUUGAUGAUGAUCGAAAAUACUUGCUUUUUAUGUAGAUAGUUUCAGUUAACAUCGUUUAAUUUUCCUCAGAUGCUUAAAGUUCCUGUCCUCCUUAAUGAUAAUUUAUUGUAUGUUUCGGAACAAAAUCUAUCGACACUGAGAGCACCAUCGAACAAUUUGUAGCAUUUUCACUUAUCAAUUUCAAUAAUUUUGACUUAGCUGGGAUUUGACUGCCUCGUAGAAGAGUUGUUCAUAAAGUUGUUCCUUAUAAAGCUAUUUUGUGACCAAUAGUAUGUUUAUUAUUUGACACUGGGAAUGAACUGUAGGCAGAACAGGGCUGGUGGCUGUAAGAUCUAUAACAGGUAAAUUUAUACUGUUCAUGGCCAUUGGCCGAGUCUAUUGAUGAUGUUGUGGUUUUCGUGUUAUGUAUUGCAUUUUGUGGUAUGAUUAAGUGUGUUAGUUUUGCUUAUUUUGUAAAGAAUAAUUCUAUUUACAUCUUCACUAGGAAAAAGAAACUUGAACAUAGAUAUCUUACUUUGAUGAACUACAAGUUUCUAUCGAGUGUGUAGUGCAAUACUCAGAUUUUUGUCGCUGAGUAUUUUUGCCAAAAUUAUGGCACUUAUUAUAGGUUAAGGUACCUAAGCUUAUAGGUUGUAGCACUAUGACAGUCAGACCUCUCUAAAUCAUUAUAACGCAGGUCUAUGAAGGGAAUAAAAUAUUCAACUUUCAAUUUUGGACCACGUUUUGUAGGUCCAAAUGAACCAUGUUUUAUUGGGUUGAUGGUGGAAAUCAAGGGGGUAAUAAACCAACCAAAAGGUUCGGCGUUAUCAUGUUGUCAAGAGGUUUUGGAGAGGUCAGUCUGAAGCAUUGUCUAUACUAUGUACCAUAUUACGAUGUAAGUGUACAUAUCAUAAAACGUUUAGAAAUUAAAGUAGGCACAUUAAUUGUAAUUUAUUUGUAUAUUCUAUUUAAUAUGAGUUGCAAGUUUUACAAUCAAUUUUCAAAUCCGAAAAA